GAGAGUGAGUGAGUGAGUGAGUGUGUGAGUGUGAGAGUGUGAGCAAACUAAAGCCACAGCUCAGAGAUAUUUCUUCAUAUGAUAUUCAUUUUUCAAACUUAAGCUACAGAUUCAGAGAAACAAAAAAAGAACAAGUAUCUUUUUUUAAAUAAUAAUUACUUACCUGCCAUAUUUCUUGGAUUGGAUUACGUCUGUUCUGAGGGAACUAUGAGAGCUGACAGUAUAGGAUCGAUCCUAUGGGCGAUAGGAGUCUCUCUGCUCAUCCAGGGCUGUGUGUGCAUUACUUUGCAAACAGACAGUGGCUGCAAGAAGUGGACAAGAGGAGAAGAAAACAUGUUUUGCUGCGAUGCCUGUCACCCUGGACACCGCCUGUUUGAAGCAUGUGGCCCGAGCGCAAAAAAGCUUUGUAUUCCCUGCGAGGAGGGGAAAUUCAUACUGAACCCAAUAGGUCGCCAGUGUUUAAGGUGUUCACAGUGUGUAGGUGCUCAGGUCAUUGUGAAAGUGUGCACUGCCACAACUGACACACAGUGUGGCUGCAAAGAGGGACUUACCUGCGGAGAUGCCAAAUGUUCCUUUUGUGUUCAAAAGUGCAACCAAGGUCAGGAACCCACAAGGAAUCGUUCUUGUAGACCAUGUCCAGAGGGAACAUUCAAUGACCAAGUUAACCAGAAGUGUAAACCCUGGAGUCAAAGGUGUCCUAAUCCGCAUCAUCAGAUUGUGGCUAAGGGAGAUGCAUUCACUGACAUCAAGUGUGGGAAUUCUUCCUUUGACAUAGUGAGAAAAUCAAAGAAACCUGAACAAGAAUGGCCAUUUUCUGUGGUCGCCAUUGUGGUUCUGAGUGUCUUUGUCAUUAUCAGCAUCAUCCUUUUCAUCACCAUUUUGGCCAAGAAAAACAGCUACAAAAAAAAGAAAGACAUAACAAAGCCAAUCACACCAACGACGAUAGUCACAACACCUUCAGAUGAUCCCAGGACACUCAUUGCAGUUGAGUGCAGUUUUCAUGAAGCUCAGCAGGAGCAGGGCAGCAGCUCAGAGUCGCUCGACUCAGGGGACUCCUCGGGUCAGCUCAUCCCAUGAAAGAUAGGGGAUUUUGAUACAGUUACACAUUGAAGUGCUGAUCUAAGUUUUUGUAGAAUGCAUUGAGAGGAAACAGGAUAUCUUGAGUAAGAUAAGGACUUUGUUUACUCUAACAGAAGGAAGCAUUUUAUUUUUGGCUCUUAAUGAAAGACAUGUUUUAUUUCAACAUAUUUUCCUUUUAUUAGAAUAACCAAAACUACAGGGAAAAUCUUGAUAGGACAGGGAUGAGAUCACAUUUCGCUCUACGAUUACAACAGGAUAUUAUUGUAUCUUUUGAAGGCCGUAAAUAUAGAGUGUAAUGAAGGGGGAAUUCUGUGGGAAAAUACAAACCAGAAAAAGGUAGCCUAUUAAACAACAGCCUAUUCAUCACAUAGGCAGAUACUCAGGCUGGUUUUCCGCUUUUGGGUAAGUUUGAAAGAUAAGGAUAGUCCUCAGUAGGGGGAGAAAAUUUCAGAAAUAUUGGAUUGAGCAAGGCACCAGAUAAGGGUAAAUCACAUUCCUUACUUUAUAGACUAAAGCCUUUGGAAACCCCAGCAAAUGUUUUCUAACAAACUAACUGGACUUUUGUCAAUGAACUGUGAAGAUGUAUUGUUUGAAAUGAAUGAGUUUUUCACUACUGUGAUAUUUGCAUGUGAGCAGUAAAGAGCUGUCUGAACAUGCUGAAACAUAUUCAUCCAAAAAUAGAUGUUUGUGUUUUACUCAUAGCCUGGUGUUCAACCUAUUUAUCUGUGUAUUGCUGAGUGUAUAAAUUCCUCUAUAGCUGCCAAACUAGCACAAUGCUGUCGAUCAUGAUUUUAUGCUGUCUCAUAUGAUAGUUUGUUACUUUAGUCUGUUCUUGUUUUUUGUAUCUAUAGAACACAGAAGAUAAUAGAUCUGUAAAACAAAGUGUUCAUGUUCAAGCCAGCGUGGCGUAUUUUCUCUUUCAAGUUCUACAACAUUGCCAGGAAGUACAUGGACUUUCCUACAAUUGCUUAAUUAGUUUAAAAAAAAAAAAACUCCAGUGAAGGGACUUUCCCUUAGGUCAUUAAGUAAUCCUACAGGAGGUCAAGUUAAAGCACCUAGGAUUCUACAGUAUAGUAAACAGUCAUUACACUAAUUCAAUUUAGUUUCAGUUUUUUUUGCAUAGGGGCACUUUCCCAUUUCAACAGGUUGAGCCAUGCCUCUUGAGCAGGAUGUAAAAACACAGUGGGUAUCACUAAAGGCAUAUCUAUUGCGAUUAAAUGUCAGAUAAUUUUUUCAUGGAUAUUUGAGAUCCCCGUUGAGUGCGUCAAAUUUCAUACACUGUACAGGGCUCAUGAAAUACCAAGAAGAGGCUCUAGGGUCAGAUGGAAACUCCCCAGUCAGCAAUGUACUUGUUUGUCUAAUUGCGCAAUGAAGUGGGCAGCUAGAUCAGACCAAGUGGAACUUCUCACAAACACGCGUAUCUUAAACUGAACUGUAGCGGGCGUAUAUUUUUAUGAAAUGGAACAUUUGAGAAAUGUGACAAGUGGGCUUGAGCAUAGUCCACACCUAUAGAUACUCUAUGUAUCAGUAUGAGUCAUGACGUGUGAGUGUUCUGUGGUCUGAGCAAAGACCACAACGCUACAUGUGCCGUUUUCAGUUACCACGGUAGUCUUUUGUACAGUAACAUGUUUAUAAGAACUGUAGCACUUUAACAAGCAACUGUUGUCUGAUUAAUUGUAUGCACUUCUGGGUUAUUUCAUAUAUACGAGUUAAGCUGUCUGCCUUAUACUUUUUUAUCAGACUUAUUGUUAUAUCUUCAUAACUGUCUAGGAUUACACUGUACUAUGCUGUUACAUUGUACUUACAUUGAAUAAAAUGAGAUUUAUUUUUUA